AUGACUAGUAGUAUCUCAGAGAUCCAAACGCGUCAGUCGGAUCUUGUCAUUGAGGUCGACGAUGUGGAUUCUGCUCUUGGUGGAGAUCUGUCGACUUACACCCGCUCUUUGAGGUCUAGCAUUUUCCAGGGUGUACAGGAAAAUGGUAGGGCAUACCACAGGUACAAAGACGGCUCGUACAUCCUUCCCCAGGACGACCUCGAGCAGGAACGCCUGGAUUUACAGCACGAGAUAUUCCUGGUCGCGUUUCAUCGAAAGCUUUUCCUUGCCCCCGUUCAGCGAUCGAUGCAAGAGGUCCUUGAUCUAGGGACAGGAACUGGCAUCUGGGCCAUAGGUUUUGCCGAUCAGCAUCCUGAAUCCAACGUCCUAGGCAUCGACCUGAGCCCGAUCCAACCGCAUGCAGUCCCACCAAAUUGCAAGCUUUUCCGCCGCGCCUUUGAUGCCCUGCAGCCUGGCGGGUGGCUUGAAAUGCAAGAUCUCUACAUGCCACUGUUGUGUGACGAUGGCACACUUGAAGGCACGGCUUACGGGGAGUGGAAUAACAGAUAUCUAGAAGCCUGUGCAAGGCUUAGAAGGGAUCCCUCCUGGACUGCCAAGUACAAGGACUGGAUGGUUGAGGCUGGGUUUACUAACGUCAGACAAGAGAUUUUCAGGUGGCCAGUCAACCCUUGGGCGAAGAACAAGGCUCUAAAGGAAAUAGGUCUUUGGAACAUGCUCAAUAUGCUUGAUGGACUGGACGGUUUCACCGUUCGACUCUGGACCACGGCUUUUGGUAUGACGGUGGAGGAAAUUCAAAUAUUCCUUGUGCAGGUGCGAAAAGAUCUGCGCAACACGAGCAUUCACUCGUACUGGCCCAUGAUUUUCAUGAGCUGCGACCGAAAUGGCACCGGAGGCUAUGACACGGCACCGUCCUCCCGUGUUAAUGCCGACAUUCCCGCCCUUCAAAUGUCCAAAUUCUGCCUAUAUCUCUGUUUUGCCGUCAAAGUAGCACCUAUCGGAAAGUCGCCGGUACAUGCGGUACAUGGAAUACAUGAGCCGGUGAUUAUGCGCGCAAUCUGUGAAGUCGAAGUGGCAGACGAGGUCGGGAGAUUCUCUCGUCAACGGAUCCUUCCAUCGACCAUCACGCUGCGUGGCCUUACUGCAGCGCCUGGACGAUCUCAAUGA